GGGAAUGUCUGCGCGGGCCGGAGCACUUCGCAGGACGGUAGUGGGCGGGCCUUUGCCGCCCUCUCGGCCCCUCUUCCAACAGAGGCCCAAGGGGUUGAAGGCUUUUUCUAGGGAAGGUGGAGCUUGCCGUGCAGGGGGUGGUUCAAUACCCGAAAGCGUGUUCGCUCGGACGGAGGAAUGCGCUAUGCCUGAAUGAGUUGCAUGUCUCAAAGCAUGUCCAGGCUGGCUGGUUCUGCAAGCUGAGGAGGGGGUUUCCUGGAAGAAGCAAGCAGAACGUCUCCUUUUCUCAAGGGGGUUUUCGUCUUUUUUUUUUUCCCCCCCGACGGCUUUUCUGCCGAGUAUGAUUUCUGCAGAAGUACUUCUUCUACCUAGGCAUCUUAGCCUUUGUCUCCCAAGUAUCCAAUCCAGUCCUUCGCUUUUGGAAGCCCCUAAGUUACAGAAACGGAGGGCUUGAGGCUGGCUGGGUUAAAAUCUCUCCUCCUUUCGCGCGUUUUAAAGGGGACUGGAGCCCUUAGCGAUGCCUAAAGACGGGACUGUUCUGGAAGCUUGGCGCUGUUGAGCUUUACCUCGAGUUGCGAAUGACUGAGCUCAAAACGCCAUUGUUUCCUUCAGUAUCUUUAGCAGGAUGAGUCGUUUGGCCACUCAGCUGAUGAAUCAACUUCUUCAGUUCAUAGAAUUCAACAGCUCUAUGGAACUAGACUACCUCCAGAUUGCCCGAUGUCUUGAAGGAAUGCGCCAGCGAUGCUGCCGACUGGACCAUGAUUUACAGAGAGCAAGAGACUGUUUGCGCCGUUCAGAGUCCGAACGUUCAGUGCUGGAGGUGAAGCUGAAACAUGCCCGCAACCAGGUGGAAGUGGAGAUGAAGAAAAGACAUCGAGCAGAAGCAGAGCUAGAGACACAGGAACGCAAGCUGCAGCUUAUCUAUGACUACCUGAUGGCAGAUCCACAGAUCAAUCCUUUCAGUGAAGACCAGCGCUCAGUCCUUGCAGCUUUUGAUGGGCGAUGUUUACGUCGCAGCACUCUGCAGCCUGGCAAGCAGCUGUCUACAGUGGAAGAACUUGGCAACUCAGUCGUAUCUGACAUCAGCUUUGACCACUCGGAUGAUGAAGUGGAUCUAGCUAAGAUAAAAGCUGCUAAAGGCAGCAGAAGGCGCUCCUCUCUGGCACCCCUGAUCCAACCAGUGAUUGCACCCAAGCGUGCACGGCCAUCUGUAACUCCUGCUCCUAAUGCAAAUGAGCUGGCUUUGAGAUCUGGAGCUCUUGUUGAAAACAGCUUGCCACCUUUUGGGGUGGUGCCACGUCGUCGAUCCCAGCAGAAUCAUCGCAUCUCCACAAUUACAGAAUUCACUACAGUUUGGGGCAGCAAUGAUGAGUCAAUUGGAUAUAGCAGUCGGGCUGAGAGUAAAGCCAUUGGUACUGAUGUUGGAGCUGGGGGGAAGGAUGCUCAAGGCUGCUUCACCUCUACUCCUUCUUCUCCACGAGAAGCACCACCACUCCAACAUCACUUCACCUCCAAGACAAUCAUCUGUCUAGAGUCAUGUGCAGUUUGCAAAUCCCGCCUGCGCUUUGGGAGAGUGGCACUUAAAUGUCGACCCUGUCAACGUGUAGUGCACCCUGAGUGUAAAGAACGCUGCCCAUUUCUCUGUAUGCCAGGUGCUCGCCCAAGAAUCAAAGAGGGCAUAUUGGCUGAUUUUGCACCCAGUGCACCCCCCAUGGUGCCCCCACUAGUGGUUCAGUGUGUUGGUCAAGUGGAAAGUCGUGGUCUGCAAGAGGUGGGGUUAUACCGAAUAUCUGGUGCAGAGCCUAUUGUACGUGAAUGGAAAAACAAACUGCUUCAUUCCAAAGGAGCAGUUCCCUCACUGGACCAAGUGGCAGAUGUGCAUGUGAUCUGUGGCAUUCUCAAGGACUUUUUGAGGAGCCUGAAGGAACCACUUGUUACUUUCUACCUGCACUCUGCUUUUCUGCAUGCUGCAGAUAUCCCAGAUGAAACUGCCCGCCACACUGCUCUCUGCCAUGUUGUGGUGAAGCUGCCUCCGGCCAAUAGAGAUACACUGGCUUUUCUCAUGCUCCACUUGCAUAGGGUCAUAGAGAGCCCGAAGUGUCGAAUGGACCAACAUAGCUUGGCACGUAUCUUUGGGCCAACUCUAGUUGGGCAUAGUAUCCCCAACCCAACCCCAGUCACCAUCAUGGAGGACACACCCCGCCAAAGCCAGGUGGUUGCCCAGCUUUUAGCACUGCCAUGUGAAUUUUGGAAAGGUUUUGUGCGAGAGGAGCAGGUGAACCUGGUGCCGUCAGUGCAUCAGGCCAGUGUGGUGAAUGAGCAAGAGCAGUUGUUCCAUCCUUCUGCACCCCCAGAAGUAAACUCCAUCCAGAUGAGCCCAGCCCCAGGAAGUGGCUGCCUCCCCAAUAAGCUACGUGACUGUAUUGGUACCACCUUCCCACCUUUGCAUGUCCCUUGCACUAAGAAGACUGCCAAAUUCUUCCCUCCUCCGACAUAAAAGACUGUUCCAGAUGACAACCUCCUUGCACCAACUUCCUUGGCCUCGUUGCUAAGCCCAGGCUGAGGUCCUGCAGAUCAUGAUACGACGCUUUACCUUGUCUCUUGUCCCAGUGGUGGCUGAUACCACAUUCCUGAGUGUCACCACAACCCCUUCCACUCACCACAAUUUGAGAUUCUCAGAAGAGAGAAAUCUUUGCAUUUCCAUGGUGCUAGUGCCUUGAUGAGACAAGAAAACCCAGGCCUGUUGUUUGGAUAUUUGCUUCCGCAGCUGUGGAGCAGCAGCUUUAUGCAUACGGGUAGAAACUGGUCUGAUGAACAAAAAUGAUUCUUUCUUAUGUGGUGGAGUUUCAGUGAUGGCGUACAGCAACAAGUCACUCCAUGCAGCAGUUGACCGAUGGGACUGAGGAAGGCUACUGGAGAACCAACUACUUUUGCACCCUCCAACUUUUGUUUGGUUUCAGGAGGCAAAAGCUGUUAAUUUAGGGGCAUGACAGUGUUCGGGGAAACAUAACAAAGUGUUGCAGCUCCCCGAAACACUUCCUCUGUGGUCCAGGGGGAGCCUCCAGCGCCAGCACAGGAUGGGACACAGGGGCCUGCAAGAAGGAGGGGGAACGGGCACAAAUCACCUUCACCAUUACCAGUAGCAGGAAAUGACUGUUGGAUACGACUGAUAUUGCAGCUCCACUGGCAGGGGAAAUAUUUUGAAGAGGAAAUAAUGCUUUGUCUCUGUCCAUGCUGCUAGUUGGAUCAUUUACUCGUUUUAUUUUAUAUGGUAGCUUCCCUUUGAGCAAUAUGCCAAAGCAGGAACCUUAGCAGUGUCGGCUAGCGUCAGAGGUUAGCACUACCCUGGCUUAACUUUGCCAUUGCUACAAUUCCUGUGUGAAUCUAAGAACUACUCCAUUUGUGUUACGGGGGUCAACAUAUUCCUUAUGUAUUUGGUGUCUUGCUAACACUCAGUGUGGCUAUUAUAACAGGAUAUGUCUUAACUGCACCGAGGUUACAGGGCUUAACUAUGCUAGUGAAUGUAUCCCUGGUGAAAUCUAUGAAUAAACAUUGGGAAGAGAUCCCCUAAUUGUA